CAACCAAAUACCGAUUGAUCCGGCCCUCCAACAAACCUCGCAGCCGCAACCGCAGCCAACGUAAACCACACGCGUUCGCAUCCUCCACAUGCCGCUGACCUCGCGGCGUAGCAGCGGAUACUACCAGUACUACAGCCAGUCGCCGUACCAAUACUCCUAUCCGCCUCCACAACCAGCACAGCCCACGGUGGCAGCUUCUACGGCGCAGACGCAGCCAGCCGCGUCGACCUCACGGGCACAGCCUACGACGACACAGCAGCCGGCGACGACAACGACCGAGAGCACUGACAUCGCCACGCUGAAUGACGCGCUCGGGAGUGCCGGAGUGGACCUGAGGGCCGAAGAAGAGUCCCUGCAGCGAUCCGGGCCGUACGACUCGUACGCGUCCUACCGGCCGUACGAAGACCGCGCGCGCAAGCAGCCCGCGAAGCCCAACUUCGACACGCGCCACCUCGGCGCGACGAUGCGCACGGUCGGCGCGCAGCACCAGGUGCCCAAGAUCCCCGAGGACGCGGUAACUACCUCGCGCUCUCGCUCCGCGCGCGCCUGCAGGACCUCAUCACGGAGAUGGUCGCCGCCUCCGCGCACCGCACGGACACACAGUUCGACCGGCCUGCGUCGCUCUACGAGGAGGACGGCUCGCCGAUGUGGAGCGUCACCGUGCGCCGCGACGUCGCGAAGCAGCUGGCGGCGCUCGAGAAGGUCGAGCGCGAGGACGAGAUGCGUGUGCGGCGCGAGCGGAAGGAGCGCGCGGAGGCCGCCGCUGCGCAGGCGUCCGCGCUCGCAGCACAGGGCGGGGCGGGCGUGGGGGCGGAUGGUGCGGGCGGGGAGGAGGAGGGCCCGAAGAAGAAGAAGAAAAAGGAGGGCCCGGGCGUGACGGCGCGCAACAUGUCGGAGGACGCGCGGAAGAAGAUGUCGAACGCGGUCGCGAGUCAGGCGGCGGGGCUGCCCACGGGCAAGUACGCAUGGAUGACGCAGGCGACUGCGGCGGCCCCACCGAAGCCGAAGGCUGCGGCGACGGCGGGGGGCACAGCGGGUAGUGGGGCGACGACGCCUGCGACGACAACGGCGCCGGCAGCGUCCGCGAAGUCGGGGUCAUGGGCGAGAGCGUACACGAGGACAAGUCAGACGCAGCAGAAGGAGGAGGAUUCGAGAAGACCGAUCACUAUGAGGGAUGCGCUGUUUGUGAUUGAGAAGGAGAAGGGGCAUGGGGGAGGCAGGGGCUCUGCGAGGGGGUGG